CCAUCUCCCUCCUCUCCGCCCCACGAAUUCCCUAGAAGUCCUCUUCCCUACCCUACCCCACUAUGUCUGCCGAUAAUUUGCGCAAGCGCUACGAAACUGCGGGUCAGGGCCACCUCUUCGCCUUCUGGGAUGACCUCUCCGAGUCCGAGCGCGGCGCCCUGCGCGCGCAGCUCGAGGCCCUCGACAUUGAACGUGUCAACCGUAUCUACAAGAAGGCGGUCUCUUCCGAGAAAGAAAUCGCCGAAAACAGCGGCAAGGACAUCAUCGAGCCCCUCCCGGAGGACGCUGCAGGCUCCGUCAUCGGGCUCCCAGAAAAGGAGCGUGAAUGGCGCCAGACUGGCCUAGAGGCCAUCGCGCGCGGACAGGUCGGUGUCCUUCUCAUGGCCGGUGGGCAGGGUACGCGCCUAGGAAGUUCAGCGCCGAAGGGCUGCUAUGACAUUGGACUCCCGUCACACAAGACCCUGUUCCAGUACCAGGCGGAGCGCAUUGCGCGCCUUCAGCAGGUCGCGGCCGAGACGGCGGGCAAGCCUGCGGGAUCAGUCGUGAUUCCGUGGUACGUGAUGACGAGCGGGCCAACAAGGCAUGAAACCGAGGCGUUCUUCAAGAAACAGAACUACUUCGGGCUGGACCCCGCCAAUGUUACCUUCUUCGAGCAGGGCACCCUUCCCUGCCUCACCAUGGAUGGCAAGGUCCUUCUCGAGACGCGCUCGCGCGUAGCCGUCGCGCCAGACGGUAACGGCGGCCUUUACGCCGCGCUCCGUCAACCCCUCUCUCCCUCGGACAAGUCGCGCACCGUGCUUUCCGACCUUGAGCGGCGCAACAUCCGUUACGUGCACGGCUACUGCGUGGACAACUGCCUCGUGCGCAUCGCGGACCCCGUGUUCCUCGGCUACUGCAUCCAGAAGCAGGCGGACUGCGCGGCGAAGGUCGUGCCCAAGGCGUACCCGAAGGAGUCCGUCGGCGUCAUCGCGCGGCGCGGCGACAAGUUCAGCGUGGUCGAGUAUUCGGAGAUCACGCCCGAGCAGGCGGAGCGCCGCGACGCGCAGGGCGGGCUCGCGUUCCGCGCGGGCAACAUCGCGAACCACUUCUACACGACGGACUUCCUGCGCUCCGUCGAGGCGUUCGAGGACGAGCUCGCGUUCCACAUCGCGCGCAAGAAGAUCGCGCACGUGGACACCGCGACGGGCGAGGCGGUCAAGCCCGCGACGCCGAAUGGGAUGAAGCUCGAGAUGUUCGUGUUCGACGUGUUCCCGUUCACGAAGCACUUCGCCGUGCUCGAGGUCGCGCGCGCGGACGAGUUCAGCCCGCUCAAAAACGCGCCGGGGACCGGGUCGGACGACCCGGACACCAGCCGGCGCGACCUCCUCGCGCAGCACCGGCGGUACCUCGAGGCCGCGGGCGCGAAGGUGCUGGAGGGCGUGGAGAUCGAGCUGUCGCCGCUCGUGACGUACGCGGGCGAGGGCCUCGAGUCGGUGAAGGGGAAGACGUUCUCGCGGUCGGGUUACGUGGAGAGUGUGGAGGAACUCGAUGCUCUUGUGUAGGAUGCCGGACUAUUGCAAUCCCUCGGACGAGAAGGAACACACAUGGACAGCUCUGUAGUAUCAGCCUAUAUUCGUCGUUGUAGUGAGGGACCUUAACCAGCGGAAUGGACAUUGCACGGGACAUCUCAUUCUAACCAUCGGGUUCUACCCGGCGAUAUUGCACCUUGCGGCAUC